CGCCGGCUCCUCUCAAAUCGAGUCUUUAGUGAGUACUGCUUCAGCACCAUGGGGGAGAAAAUUCCAUUCUUCGAUUUCUCCGCACCUGAACGUCUGGAAGAAUUUCUGGAAGAUAUGGCCAUCCUCAUGGCGUCGAAGGCAAUUACAUCGGAGGCGCAAAAACGUGGAAUUUUGAUCCGCUGUUUAUGUGAAGAAACAAAGCGGAAAGUCCGAGAAUGGAUUCAUCCGCUUACUCUCCCUGAGUGUCCAUACAAUCGGCUUCUAGAAGUUCUGAGAGAGAACGUGCAGCCGUCUGUCAACCGCGACGUGCAGUUCAACUCCUUGGUCACGAGAUUUCAGCAGGAGGGUGAGUCAGGGGCGGCAUACUGCGCUGAGCUGGAACGACUUUCUAUGAACCUUGGUUUCACUAGAAAGGAUGCCAAGCUUCUGGUCCUGUUUCAAUUCAAGAGAGGUCUCCGAGACCAUUCGACGCAGGUCAAGCUUUAUGGUGAUCCAACCAUAUCUCUGGAUGGGGCCAAGACAACAGCAAAGGCUGCCGAGUCCAGCAAGGCAUGCAUAAGUAGCCUCCAGCAGCACGUUGAAGUUCAUGCAAUGCACUCAGCACGGAAACAAGUGAAUUUCAACAAGCAGCAGACGGUUUCGAAGACGGUCAAGACACCUGUUUCAUCUGAAGCCCCCUCUGCUAACCAGAUCUCUUGUUUCCGUUGUGGCGAGUCAGGUCACAUUACUAAGCAAUGUUCAUUGAAGUACAAAAAUUGUCAUUGUUCUAAUUGUGGCAAAAUUGGACAUCUCCUUGCUGCAUGCAAGAGAGCGAAGAAACAGAAAGAAGAGGUUUCAAUCAACAACAUGCAAAGCGUCAGUUCC